AUGUAUGAUCGAUCAUACACUAUAGGUGACGAUCAACUAAAAAAUAACCAUUACCAAAACGACAUAAAUUACACGCUGCAGAUGUGUCAAUGGCUGUUGAAGCUGAUUGGAAUAUGGCCUCUCCUUAACAAUCAUACUAGCAGACUCGAACAGCUCCUCUCAAUCGUACUCAUGAUCACGUGCUACUCCAGCAUAUUCUUCAUCAUCUUGCCAUCUGGUCAUCAUUUCUUCUUCGUAGAGAAAAAUUUAUAUAUGAAGAUGAAAAUGCUCGGUCCGGUUAGCUUCUGUGUAUUUGCAACAGUUAAGUACAGUUACCUCGCCCGAAAAGGAGCCUUCCUACAGAGGUGCAUCCGACAGCUCAAAAAUGACUGGAAGAGAGUGGAGGAUCCGAGUCAUCGGGCGAUUAUGUUAAAAUACGCGGGCAUUAGCAGAAAGCUUAUCACCAUGUGCGCUGUUUUUAUAUAUACAGGUGGAAUGUCCUAUCACACGGUGGCGCAAUUCUUGUCCAAGGAGAGGACUAGAGAAAAUUACACAGUUAGACCAUUGGCGUAUAUCGGUUACGACCCGUUUUUUGAUACGCAAUCCAGUCCUACGUAUGAAAUCGUGUUCUUUCUUCACUGCUUCGCUGCUAUGAUUAUGUAUAGCAUCACCACGGUUGCAUAUGGUUUGGCUGCAGUGUUUGUUACUCACGUUUGUGGCCAGAUUCAAAUACAAAUAGCAAGAUUGCAGAAUUUGGUGGAGAGCAAGGAUCGUGAUCUCUUUAGUGUGAUUGUGCACGAUCACGCGGAAACAUUAAGAUUUUCAAAGAACAUCGAAGAUGCUUUGUAUCAGAUAUGCUUAACAGAAAUCGUAGAGUGCACGAUUUGCAUGUGUAUACUGGAAUAUUACUGCUUAAUGGAAUGGGCAAACAGUGAUCUAAUCGCUACAUUGACUUAUAUGACUCUGUUGACCUCCUUCACAUUUAAUAUAUUUAUAUUUUGCUACAUAGGCGAACUUCUCACUGAACAGUGUAGCCAAAUUGGUACAACUUCCUAUGAAAUCGAAUGGUAUCAGCUGCCAGCUAAGAGAGCUUACGACCUAAUUCUACUGAUCUCUAUAUCGCAAUAUCCACCGAAGCUAACGGCCGGUAAAAUUAUUGAAUUGUCUCUGAAUACUUUUAGCUCCGUAGCAAAAACGUCGCUGGUUUAUCUGAAUCUACUUCAAACAGUUACAGACUAG